UUUUACUUUGACACAAAACAACCCACAUUUUAUAUUUUUCAAUGUUAUGGCAUUGUUAAAGUAGAACAUGAUCACGUGACUCAGUUUGUUCUUCAAAUGGUUUAGGGUUUGAUCUGAGUUAGAAUGAGAUUAUUCUAAUUGUUGUGGUUUGUGGAUUGCUAGUUGCUACGUUAUUCAGUGCAGUUCACCUGUUGUUAUUAAACACACAUUGAAACAAGAGUAGGAUUGAUGCAACAUUUGACAUUGUCGCCAUGUGACCUGAAGGUCACACAGGUUUGAGCCAUGAAAUCAGCAUCCUCCAAAUGCAAAUAUAAGUUCAAGUCAUUUUUGGUUGUCACGUGGAACAUGUGUUUCAGCUGAAUUGGACUCUAGACGGCCCACAAUGUGCUAUGGCACAACUGUUAAUUUUAGCUCCUUGAAGAUUUUUUUCCCCUAGCAUUAAGUCUUACCCUACUAUGAAUAGUCUUUGGAGGGAGAGUGGUAGGUCUUAGGAUCUAGGGCCGUCUCUAAAGUUAUGGUGGCCGAGUGGUGAUCAAACAUCUUUUGUUAGCCAAAGUAUUAAGGGAGGUUUUCUAAAAUCGUGGAUCAGUAUUGUUCACUCUAGAAGAUGAACGAGCAGAGUGAAGGAUUAGGGUCUUCAACUCCAUCAAAUGUUCCAAUGAAACGGAAACGUGGGCGACCACGCAAAGUGGAUAGUGGAGUUCAGAGAACGAACAUGCCUGCAAUGCCUAACUCCAACCAAACAGUAGGUACAUGCGAUGAUUGUGUUGAUGGAAUGCUGGGGAAGGAGGUCGCUUGUGUCAUUGAAGGCACUUUCAAUGGUGGAUAUCUUGUUAAUGUUCAGGUGGCAGCCGAUACUUAUUUAAGAGGUGUUGUUUUUCUACCAGAGCAAGUUGUUCCAGUUACUGCAGAAACUGAUGUCGCUCCACAAGUCAGGAUGAUAGAAAGGACAGAGAUUCCUAUUCCUAUUCCUGUUCUUAACCCCGAGACUCAGAUACAUCCUUCUGUCAAACAAGAAGAAACAUUGCAUGAAGAUUAUGCUGAUGGAGGAGCAACAAAAGACUCUCAGCAAACUUCUCAACCCAACAACUUAAUUCCACCAGUUCAAAACACUGAGAAGGAGCUCGCAACUGGACAGCACUCUACGCCUUCUGUGUACAAGCUGAAUGAAUUGAUUCCUGAUGAACCAAAGCCUUCAAUUAUUGAAACUAACCAAAUCCCUAUAUCAACAAAAGACUCUCAGAAAACUUCUGAAGCCAUCAACUUGGUUUCAACUGUUGAAAACACACAGAAGGAUCUCACAACUGGACAGCACUCUAUACCUUCUGUGUAUAAACAGAAUGAGUUGAUUCCUGAUGAACCUAAGCCUUCAAUUAUUGAAAUCAACCAAAUCCCUGUAUCAACAAAAGAUUCUCAGAAAACUUCUGAACCCAUCCACUUAAUUCCAAGCUUUGGAAACAUUGAGAAGGGGCCCACAACUGGACAGCAGUAUAUGCCUUCUAUGUAUAAGCUGAAUGAGUUGAUUCCUGAUGAACCAAAGUCAACAAAAGACUCUCAGAAAACUUCUGAACCCAUCAACUUAGUUCCAACGUUUGGAAACAUUGAGAAGGGGCCCACAACUGGACAGCAGUAUAUGCCUUCUAUGUAUAAGCUGAAUGAGUUGAUUCCUGAUGAACCAAAGUCAACAAAAGACUCUCAGAAAACUUCUGAACCCAUCAACUUAGUUCCAACGUUUGGAAACAUUGAGAAGGGGCCCACAACUGGACAGCAGUAUAUGCCUUCUAUGUAUAAGCUGAAUGAGUUGAUUCCUGAUGAACCAAAGUCAACAAAAGACUCUCAGAAAACUUCUGAACCCAUCAACUUAGUUCCAACGUUUGGAAACAUUGAGAAGGGGCCCACAACUGGACAGCAGUAUAUGCCUUCUAUGUAUAAGCUGAAUGAGUUGAUUCCUGAUGAACCAAAGUCAACAAAAGACUCUCAGAAAACUUCUGAACCCAUCAACUUAGUUCCAACGUUUGGAAAUAUUGAGAAGGGGCCCACAACUGGACAGCAGUAUAUGCCUUCCAUGUAUAAGCUGAAUGAGUUUAUUCCUGGUGAACCAAAGCCAACAAAAGACUCUCAGAAAACUUCUGAAUCCAUCAACUUAGUUUCAACCUUUGAAAACAUUGAGAAGGUGCCAACAUCUGGACAGCAGUAUAUGUCUUCUAUGUAUAAGCUGAAUGAGUUGAUUCCUGAGGAAUCAAAUUGCUCAAAUACUGAAAUCAACCAAAUCCCUGUAUCUGCUGAGCAUGAAUCCAUGCCUCCUGAACAGAUGAAGAAUACUGUUGACAAUAUUAUGCAGAAGCAGGGCUCUCCAGAAACAGGUACACAAGAAGGUACCAAAACCAAGCUUCUCAUUGAGACCAUGACCAAAGUUGACACCUCAAACUCAAAUGGAAGGCCAAGUACUGGCAUUGCUAACAUUCUUGAUGUGGGAUCAAACCAUGCAUUGGAGUUCAGCCACCCUCCAAUACUGUUUGGGAGAGAGACUGUUCCUUCUGAGUCCAAGCUUUUAUCUGAAGGAUCUAAUUUCCAGGAGAUGCGUGAUCCCCAGAACUGUGGCUCGUUUGGUGCUGUUAAUAAUCUGGAUGCCAAUCAACCUACUCAAGUUUUGGUUACUUCAUUGGAAUCUGAAAACCCAAUUGGAUCAGAUGCUUCUUGAACUGGGCUUGGGUGCAGGAGUAUGCAGACUGUGGUCUCAUCUCAACCAAGGAAGACAUUUUCGAGCUACCCAAAAGUGUGUUUUCCAACAUGGCGUGCCAAAACAUUUUGCCCAUGCAGCUAAGCAGGGAUUUGUGGUUGGAACAAUUUAGCCGUAGGCCUCUUCAUUUUACUAAAGGGUGGUGGACAUGGCCGGACUUCGGUAUAUUUAAUAUUUGAAAAUUAUAAAGUUUGAAUCCGGACUUUUAUUUUUAUUUUUAUUUUUCAUGUUUUUAUGACUUUGACAUGUUUAAUAGUCUAACAGUCUGUUUUAUAGAAUGUUCAA